CAUCAUUGGAGCGCCAGCCUCGAUGAGCGGGGUGAGGCCGGGGAGCCCCGUGCCUUGCCUGCCCCGCGCCCCGCUGCAGCUGGUGGGGGGAGCGCCCGGCUCACGGGGGCCCUGCUGCCCCUUCCGCAGCGGCUCGGCCGCCUGCCCAGCAGCCCCGCUCCGCGGAGCCAGAGGGAUGGUGGUAGUUACGGGGCAGAACAAAGUGAGCGGAGACCCGGAUGAUGCCAUGUCGAGCUCGGAUGCUGAGGAUGAUUUCCAAGAGCCGGCCACUCCUACUGCAACCCAGGCAGGACAAGCACUACCUCUGCUGCCUCAGCAGUUCCCAGAAGUGGUUCCACUCAACGUAGGAGGGAUGUAUUUCACAACAAGGCUGUCGACGCUCAGACGUUACGAGGACACGAUGCUGGCGUCCAUGUUCAGUGGGAGACACUACAUUCCAACAGAUGCUGAAGGCAGAUACUUUAUUGACAGAGAUGGAACCUACUUUGGAGACAUACUGAACUUCCUGAGGUCUGGUGACCUGCCACCCAGGGACCGAGUGAGGUCAGUGUACAAGGAAGCUCAGUAUUAUUCCAUAGGACCAUUGCUAGACAAUCUGGAGGAUAUCCAGCCUCUUAAAGGAGAAAAAGUUAGACAAGCUUUCCUGGGCCUAAUGCCAUAUUACAAAGAUCACUUGGAACGGAUAAUCGAGAUAGCAAAGCUGAGAGCCAUGCAGAGAAAGGCACGGUUUGCAAAGCUGAAGGUCUGUGUCUUCAAAGAAGAGAUGCCCAUCACUCCCUAUGAGUGCCCACAUUUCAAUUCCUUACGUUUUGAGAGGAGUGAAGGUGAGACCAAGCUGUUUGAGCAUCACUGCGAGGUGGACGUGUCGUUUGGCCCCUGGGAGGCCGUGGCUGAUGUGUAUGAUCUGCUGCACUGCAUCGUGACAGACCUGUCUGACAGGGGCAUCACAGUGGAUCACCAGUGCAUCGGGGUGUGUGAUAAACACCUCAUCAACCACUACUACUGCAAGCGUCCUAUCUAUGAAUUCAAGAUUACCUGGUGGUGAGUUAUCUCGUCCAGCAGGGUGCAGGGCAUGAGGACUUCUAGGUGACAAUUGCUUGUAAUGAUUUUUUGCACCGUGUCUUUGGAAAUGCGUUGCUGCUGCCAUGUGUUGGAGUCAGUCUGCUGGAGUGUGGGCCAGUGCUGGGCUGCUCAGCAAAGAGGGAAGACCUCUUGACACCUCAGAAAACCAGCCUGAAACUAGACUGUUGGCUCAGGUACCUUAUUGAGGCACAAAACAGAAUCACCUCAUGGAACUGAUGGAGCAACAGCUUCUAAAAGCUGCCACGUACCUGGUGGCUUUAGUACCACAGUCUGCACAGUGGACACUGCAGAUCUGCAUUAGUCUGGAGCUGGGGGGCUAACAAUACUGACAGAACCUGGUUGAGUUUUACCCACUUAGAAAUGUUUCAGUCAUUCCUUAAACUUACCACUUUAUAAAAUUGAGUAACACCCAGCAGAGAUUCUGGAAAUGUCAUUUUGAUGUAAUAGAUCACUUAAAAAAAAAAAAGUAUUCCAUAUAUAUUAUUAAUUGUUGUCACAAUUAAGCUAGAUUUCUUUUUUUAAUUAAGACUCUGCAUUGUGAAUUAUAAUAUUAUAUUUAAAUUAUUUCCAUUGUUAUAAAAAGGAAUAGCAGAUUUGUAAUAUAUUCCCUAAUGCUUUUAGGAAUAAUAACUUGUUCAUGGAAGACUUGUGCCUGUUUUUAGCCUUAGAAAUUCUAAAUGUUUACAGUAUCUACAGAAAAAGAAGUUCUAUAGAAUCAGGUAAUUUACAAAGGCUUUUGGUAAAUGAGAAAACCCUAGAUGUAUGUUCCUAUUAGCAGAAGUAGGAGGAAUAUUUAAUGUAUAUUAUUUUAUUACUGACUCUUUUUACAUUCUGUGAUACUAAACUUUGUUGUAGAGUUAGAGUCAACUGGUGAUACUAGACAAGUGCUUCCUUCACCUCAUCCUCUUCAGAUAACUCUCAUUUUUAACAUUCUUGUUGACUCUUCCUGGUGUAAUACCAGGAAAAAAAUUAAAAAUCAACCUUCAUGUCCAAGUAUUUCUGCAAUUACAAACCAGUGUAUCUGGGCAGUAAAUCUCUUUCCACACUGAGAGAGGCAGCUCGCAGAGUCAUCCUGUUCAGAAGGUAAUUGUUGCACUUCUGACAUUAGGAACCACAUCCUAUAGUGGAAUUACUUUAUGUCUAAAGCUGAGAGGUAGAUCUGACACCUGCAGAUGUUCAUGUGCUGUGAGGUGCAGAAUGCUCAAAUGUUUUUCUGAAAGACCCCACUUGAAGUGUUCUCUUCAGGAGAGAGGGAAAGUAAAUGUCUGCAUAUUGCAUUCCAUUGGAUUUGUUAAUCCAAGAACGUUGCUUAAUUCAACUUUUGACCAAUACAAAAAUGUAUUUAUUACAACGAUGAAAUUCUCAGUUACCUGAAGUAAUUUUUAGAUUAAUUCUCAUAACUGAUCAAAUUGUCUUGCAAAAAAAGAGGCAGAUUGUUUGCAUUGUCACACUUUUAUGUAUUUAAUGUAGGAAUUGUUAGUAAAUUGUCUCUCUGAGGUGGGGGCAUGUAGCUCCAAUGGUCUCUUUCAAAUGUUUACUUACAGAGCAUCAUUGUCAAGUGCUGAGUUUCAAGUCCAGAGUUUCAUUUUGAGAUGAAGGGGAGAAGGAAAUUAUGUGCGUUUGGAUCUUACUUUAAGUUUGUUUAAAUUGGUUUUUUAAGUAGUGGCCAUUGAGUUACAAGUUGUUAUUCUUGUGUUUGAUAACCCAAAAUGAAGUCAAACUUAGUAAAGUUUCCCUAAAAUGAGUGGAACCUUGCAUGGUUUCCUCACUACUCUCCUGCCUUCAUUUUGUUGUUUAUGUUUUUUUUCCAGGGGGAUCUUAAUCUGCAAACCACAAUUUCUAAUAAAAUGGUGUAAGAUCUUGAAGCUGAGGUGAUGAGGUUUUGGCUGCUUGUGCACUAGAAGUUCAGGACUUGCAGCAUCAGUUGAUUUAGAGACUACAAUUUAAAACUGUGGUUUUGCAGGGUUAUCUGGUGUGUUUUGCCACUCCCCAUAGAUGGAUUUACACAGGACAUAACUCUGGCUUGGAUUUCAGCACUUCUUGCAGAAAUGGAACACAGUCUGAUUUAACAGUAUGGUUCUCUGGUUUGGCUGUAGGACUGUUUUUGCUGUUAUCCUAGAGAAGCUGUGAUGGCACGAUUCCUGUUUCAGUCAUGUUUGCUAUUUCUUAAUAUGCACACGCUGAUAUUUUAUAACUUUCUCCUGUUCAUUGCUUAAAUAAGUAAGGAAGACUACCUAACCAAAAAGAUAAAAA